CUCUGGUCUGAUAUGUACCAACGCGGCGUACCGCUACGGCGGAGGCAAACCCUAGCCGCCAGGCGUCCAGGGAGCGAGUACCAAGCUCCCCGGUUCACAUGUUUAUAGCCCGAUCUAUGCAGCCAUUUUGAGCGAUUUUGUUCCUCGUUUGUCUUCGAUCGGUGUGUCCUCGUUUGCCCUUCUUUGGCACUUUGGCACACAAAAUAGCUCCCAAAUCUAGAGACAGGGAGUCCUCUUCUUCCCCAGCUCACGUCUUCGGUCCCGUCCAUUUCCACGGCUCCGACCAACCCCAAUGCCCUCCAAACCCUAACCCACAGUCCCUGCCCCCUGGUGGCGAUGCCGGAUCUGAGCACCGUCUACCUCCCUCCUUUCCCCGAACUUUCCGUCGACGCCGCGGGGGACCUCGCCGACGACCACGCCGGCGGCCCCCUCAUGCUCCCAGUGGAAUGCCGGUGGAGCGGCCGUGUCCGCACCUUCGACAUGUCGGGCGCGGGCGGUGCGGCCGCCUGCCCCGCCGCGCGGCGCGGCGGCGGCGGCGGUAAGAAGCCGUCCUUUGCUCCGUCACCCGGUCCAUCGCGGACGCAGGCUCCAGCGCCGGGUAAGACGCUCGAGGAACGCGUGAGCGAGUGGGCAGCUAGGAAGGCAGCGGCCGGCGUCCCUGCCCACCACUGCGUGCUGCCUUUCCUCGCCGGUGCGCCAAAGGCGACUCUAUGUCUGGGCGGAUCAAGCAAAAUGCAGCUGGAAUACUUCAGCUGGUAAUCCGUUCUUGCAAUUCAAGGUCCAUUUUGGAAAUUCUUUAGCAUUGUGCCAACAAUUGUACCUACCCUGAGCAUUGAUAAUAUAUACUCGCCGUGCCGCACAUUUCAUUCCCUUAGUCACUUAAUGUUGAGGCUUCCUAGACAAUUUGCAAUCAAUUUUGUUCCUCGUUUGUCUUCGAUCGGUGUGUUGUUUGAAUGAUUUUGUCUUGUUUCGCUUUAGACCGCUAAUCGCUGCUGCUUUCUUUGCUAGUUCUUGUUGGAAAUCAUGAAGUGCAGUCAUUCGCCUGAUCUUCCUGUAGAUGCGUACGCCCUUGUUAGAUCGAUGGCUUUUGUUUUGGUUAGGUCGCACCAUUAGCCCCCUGCUCUGUUGAGGUUGGAUGUAGGGAAAAAUGCGAGAACAGGGUAUAUCGGUGCAAGAUUUAUGGAUCCGGCAGGGGCUCUAUACCUCUGGGGAAGCCAGUAAAUAACCUCAGGGUCAUAUCUUCUGUCCACAUUGCAUCACUUGCUGCUGCUUUCUUUGAUGUUUUAUCUCUCAGAUAUGUUUUCUGCCUUCAUUUCAUUUUAUUGAGUAGUCAUGUUCUGACUUUGGUUAUAGAAGUGAUAUGAGGAGACUGAAACAUCUGAAAGUUUUCAUGUGGAUAACACAUAUAUGGUCUUCAAAGUUCUCUGAUCUCUUCUUGUUAAAAUAUUUUCUUUCAUCUGGAAGUCAUAUUCUUUCAUGUGUAGCUAGAGUAGAUGCGGUAGGAAGCUGUACCAUCUGAAACUACUGUUGAUAAUACUUGGAUUGUCUUCAAAAUUUUCAAUACUUGGAUGGUCUUCAAACUUUUCUUUUUGCUUUCUUUAUAUGAAAGUUCUCGUGUCCAAUUGAUGCUUGUAUAGUAGUAUUCAAGAUUUUUUUAAGUAUGGCAUCUGAAUAUCGUCUUAGUGAUGCUUGAGUCAGAACUGUAGAGUUUUAGGUGUUGAGAAGCAAAAUAAGGAGGUCAUACGAUCUGAAGUAUCUGAUGUUGAUACAUACAUUCAUGGUCUUCAAAGUUCUCUGAUUGCUUCCUUUGCCUACACCUUAUCCAGAUGAUACUUGGUUAUGUUCAUUUUCUUUUGUAUUUGAAGAUAUAGCUUCAAAACACUUCUAAAUUUCUAAAUUAUUCCUUCUCAUGUGCUUUUGAGAUGUGAAGUAGCAAAAUGAGGAGCUCAUAUGAUCUGAAGUAUCUAUGUUGAUACAUCCAUUCAUGGUCUUCAAAGUUCUCUGAUUGCUUCAUCUACCUACAUGCUACAUCGCCUUUAUUGAAAUCAUACUUAACUAUGUGUUAUGUGUAUUGCUUCAUCUACCUUCAUUUUCUUUUGUUAUGUGUAUUGCUAUAGUUUCAGUAUUUUCUUAAUUAUGCUUGAGCAAAGUUGUAGUAGUGUUUAAGAUGUCAAAAGAAGCGAAAUGAGGAGACUGUAUUAUCUGAAGUAUCUAAUGCUGAUACAUGAUUCAUGGUCUUCAAAGUUCUCUGAUUGUUUCCUUUGAAUUAUAUUUCUAUCUAAGCUUUUGCACUUUAUGCUUUCCAUCUUGGUGUCUUAUUGUAUUGUUUUCAUACUUUUUUGCAUCUCUUCAUCUCUCUGACUGUGACGGUCUCGUGGACGAGUAUACGAUCUUGAAGAUUGUCAUCAUUCCUGUUUCAUCCUUUCUGGUGAAGAGUGAAACAGAUUGUUCUGCAUUGUCAUCAUUUUGUAGUACAUGACUGAUACUGCAAACAAAAUAGUUUGAAGAUUAUAUAAAAAUUGGGUAACUAGUUACACUUUAAAAAAAAUCUAUAUUUGAGAUUUUUUAACAGGGUUUUCUGCAGACUGGCCAUUGAACAGUUUUGUGUCGGAUUUGCUGAUCUCUGCUCUGCGAUUGAUCCAAGGGCCUACUAGCUACAUCAGAUCAGAACGCCCAGAGACGAUAUUGUAUUUUUUAAUAUUUUUUCAAGUACUUGGGCUGAUGUGCCAAUUGGUGUACCAUCUAAUUUAUCGUCAGUCCAUGCUGAUAUGACACUUGUAAAGGGAUCGUUCAUUCAUGCAGCGUUUUUUAAAAAUUUUUUAUGCACACCAAUUUGCAGCA